CUCUGACUCUUCCGCGGUUGAGGUGGGGCGGUAGUGGCGAUGGCGGCUCUGACAGACGUGCAGCGGCUACAGGCCCGAGUAGAGGAGCUGGAGCGCUGGGUGUACGGGCCGAGUGGGGCGCGCGGCACGCGGAAGGUGGCUGAUGGUCUGGUCAAGGUGCAGGUGGCUUUGGGGAACAUUGCCAGUAAGAGGGAGAGGGUGAAGAUUCUGUACAAAAAGAUUGAAGACCUGAUCAAAUACCUGGAUCCUGAGUACAUUGACCGCAUUGCCAUACCUGAUGCCUCUAAGUUGCAGUUCAUCUUGGCAGAGGAACAGUUUAUUCUCUCCCAAGUUGCACUCCUGGAGCAGGUGGACAACCUGGUACCCAUGUUGGACAGCGCUCCCAUCAAAGCCGUUCCUGAGCAUGCCGCCCGCCUGCAGCACUUGGCCCAGAUCCACAUCCAGCAGCAGGACAAGUGUGCGGAGAUCACUGAAGAGUCCAAGGCUCUCCUGGAGGAAUACAACAAAACUGUAUCCUUCUGCUCAGCUAGACCCCACAGCAGCAGCAGCAGUAGCAUUCACUCCAAACUGAACCUCCUGUUCGCAAGCUUCACCUUUGCUUCCGCAGUGUCCAACAGGGCCCUCUUGCCCCGGUUGGGGCGCCCCUGUCCCGGAUGUAUCUGCGGAGACUGCGCUUGUGUUCCCAGUCCGCACCUACCUAGCUCCGCUCGCUCCGCAGGUCUAAGCUCCUCCUCGGUUUCUCUCAGGCUCCGCCCCCGUACGGCGUGCGCGGCCCCGCCGGCUCGGCGCACUCCCGGCUCGCGCGCCAUCUUGGCUGCGCUGAGAGGAUCGAGUGUGAACCCUCCCGGGCUGCGGAGGUGAGAUCCAGUGGGCAGUGAGAUUCACAGAAACCACAGCAAGCAGGAUGGAGCACUACCGGAAAGCUGGCUCUGUAGAGCUCCCAGCACCUUCUCCAAUGCCCCAGCUACCUCCUGAUACCCUGGAGAUGCGGGUCCGAGAUGGCAG